CAAGGUACUGAGGAACACAGAGAAGGUUGUCACGCAGCACACAGCCCACAGCAGCUGGCCCAGCGGGGGAUUGAACACAAGUGGAUUGUUGCCGUUCUACUGCAUGAUCUUUGGUGGAGUCAUCAACUGCUAAUAAUGCUUAGCAGAACAGGACUGCUCUUCCUACACACGAUUCUCAUAUUCAGUGAUGUCUGGCCAGUCUCAGCUGUUGAUAUCUAUACCCCAGAGUACCUGGUUGUGAAACAGGGAAUGGAUCUACGAUUAGACUGCAUGUUUGACUACCACGAACACACUGAUAUACACAACAUCAAGCUGGAAUGGUUGUACACCCCUUAUAAUGGCAUUGCAGAGAAGAUGAUUUUGUUUUACCUCCAAGACCACAGUGUAGUGGCGCAAGGCAGCAGGUUCACCCAGAGGCUGAAGUGGACAGGUGACAUCAGCAAGAAAAAUGGCUCCAUUCUCAUAACCAAUGUGACAUGCUCUGACAAUGGCAGCUUCAUCUGCGAUCUGCGCAUCCCUAGAUUGUGGAGCAAAGUCCACCGAAGCAAGACUCUUCUAAUGGUUUUGUGUGAAGAUCGCAAGCAGUCACGAGCCAUCCACGUUCACCAGACUGAGAAAGUGAUGCCAUUGGGUCUCAUCAUUAGUACAACAGCUGUGGUCGCCAUCCUCCUUGUUGUGCUCUCCAUAAUUCUUGUAACCAAACGGAAGUGUUCAUCUAGAACAGCACCAAGGGAUCAAAGACCCUACGAUGUGUCUGCAAGGAAUGAUCCAGGUGGCCUUCAGGGUGUCAAGGAGCAAAACACGUAUGUCAUUGUGACAAGGCAACCAGCACUUCCAGGCAACACGGCAACCGCACCUGUGGACGGACAGGACAAUACGGAACCAAAAGAUGAUGAAAAUGAAAUCUAUGUAACAAUGCAUGCAUUCUUAGGAACCGGGAAAUCAGACGAUCAACUUCCCGACCCAAUCAUGGAACAGUGACUCAACAGGAAUAUUUCUAACAAACCCAGUGUUCAUAGGUUUUUUCAUGGAUUGUUGGGAUUUUGAGGCACCGUUCAUUCAUCAUUUUAGUAACCAAGGACAUCUGCCAACAAUUAUUCAAGAACAUAUCUGUCAGGUCUAGUUUUACACAGCGAAUGAAAGAUUAUUUCUCAAACUUCCUGGUUUAUUUCGAGUCACCUUGAACCGGACUCAUUCUGUUUUAUCACACCAAGAGGGAAAGCAUUUCCAGGUCAAAGUUUUACCAACCUCUACCAUGGGGUUUGUGAAGAAAUAAUUAUGAAUCAAUCAAUGCUCUGUGUUUCAACUGUUUCUUAAGUUUGGAGUGGGUAACAUAUUCUUUAAAAAUAUGGUAAUGAAUACUGUUAUGGAAUAGAGGUUGAAGGGAAAGGACAAGUUGGUUCAAGUCUGUGUGUGUUUAAAUAAUACCUUUCAAUCUACUUACUAUUCAAUUGGGACACAAAGUUAAGCAAAGACGUCUCAAAAAUUGCAUGAAACAUGUACCUUAUAAUAUAUAUUGUCACUGAUGUGCCUAUCUGUGUGCAUUGUAAGUGUAAAUGUCAAAGAGGAAGUUUGUGUGUCAGAGUUGUUGACUUUAACCUUGAGUCAUUUAAUACAUUUUAUGAUCAAAGGAAUACAUUGAAAUAUAUGCAUUAUUGCGAUAUCCAG